GCGUUUUGAAAGGAGGGGUGAAAUACAGACGGACUACAGCAAAUGCUGCUACAGCCUAGUGUAGCCGCUUCGUCUUGCUGCAUUCACUUGGAUCCCUCAGCAUUCACACCACGCGCCGUCUCCUCUUCCAGCCUCACUCAUCUAUCCUCUCUGAUUUCAUCCUUUUCUUUUAGAUUCGUAGCACCACCAAGGCUCACAUUUCAUACAUCCCUACCUCUCAAACUGUGGAAAUAAAGCAAUGGCAAACAACUUCGCCAGAAUUUUGUCCAGCAAACGAAAUGUGGGCAUUCUGUCAUUAGUUGGAGCCGGAUCUUUGACAGCGGCCUUUCUGCUCAACCGUGAACAUGUCACCGCAGGAGCGCAAGUACGGAGAGUGUACCCCGCAAGUGCGGAGUACCCGGACCUACGCAAGCACAACAACUGCAUGGCCAGCCACCUGACCCCUGCCAUCUAUGCCAAGCUUGUGGAAAAGGCCACGCCCAACGGGUACACUCUUGACCAGGCCAUCCAGACUGGCGUGGACAACCCCGGGCACCCCUUCAUAAAAACUGUGGGCAUGGUGGCAGGGGAUGAGGAGUCCUAUGAGGUGUUUGCAGACCUCCUUGACCCGGUCAUCAAGGAGAGGCACAACGGCUACGACCCUCAGACUAUGACCCAUCCCACCGACUUGGACUCCAGCAAGCUCAAGUCGGGCAAAUUCGACGAUCGCUACGUGCUGUCGUCGCGGGUCAGGACGGGCCGUAGCAUCAGGGGACUUAGCCUGCCCCCGGCGUGCACCCGGGCAGAGCGUCGGGAAGUGGAGAGGGUGGUGGUGGAUGCUCUGGCUGGCCUGAAGGGGGACCUGGCGGGGACGUACUACAGCCUCACCCACAUGACAGACCAGGAGCAGCAGCAGCUCAUUGACGACCACUUCCUGUUCGACAAACCCGUGUCCCCUCUGCUGACCUGUUCGGGGAUGGCCCGCGAUUGGCCAGAUGCACGCGGUAUCUGGCACAACAACACUAAGACCUUCCUGAUCUGGAUCAAUGAAGAGGACCACACCAGGGUCAUCUCUAUGGAGAAGGGAGGCAACAUGAAGAGAGUGUUUGACCGCUUCUGCACAGGCCUGAAAGAGGUGGAGAGGCUGAUCCAGGAGAAAGGCUGGGAGUUCAUGUGGAACGAGAGACUGGGCUACAUCCUCACAUGCCCCUCCAACCUGGGCACUGGGCUCCGCGCUGGGGUACACGUCAACCUGCCCAAGCUCAGCAAGGACCCCCGCUUCACUAAGAUCCUGGACAACCUGCGUCUGCAGAAGAGAGGCACCGGGGGAGUGGACACUGCAGCCGUGGGCAGCACCUUCGACAUCUCCAACCUGGACAGACUGGGACAGUCGGAGGUCCAGCUAGUGCAGACGGUGGUGGACGGCGUCAACUACCUGAUCGACUGUGAGAAGAAGCUGGAGAAGGGUCAGGACAUCAAGAUCCCUCCGCCCUUCAAGAAGUAGACUGAUCUCCCCUCCCCCAGAUAUACCUCUUCCUACCAACCUCUCUGUCUCAUCCCCAUCAGAGCCAUAGGUCAUGUGUACACAUCCAACUCUCUUUGAGAUAUGGCACCAAACGUUCCAAGAACGUUACAUUCUGGUAGUCAUUGGGACGUUUGGAGCCAAAAUGCCUGACCAGUUGGCUGAACUCUGCAUACCUAUAGCUCUAAUCCCUAUGAAAUUAUACGUAGUGGACUCCUGCUUAACACCUAAACCAGGUCUCUUUUGAAAAAUAGACUAACCUGGCUAAAUAUAGGUUACAUGAAUAGAAUAAACUUCUUAACCCUAAACUACAGCAUGUCCUAUACUCAAUGUGUGUGCUAACAUUUCUCCUCUCCUGUGGAUGAAUAUGCCUAUAUCCUAUACUGGUACUACUUCAGUAGUUUAUACCAUGAUAUUGUUGAAUGCUUGUUUCUGAUAGGCUUGAAGAGCAUUCUAGAGCGUUCAUUAUUUCCCUAUAACGCACGGUAUAUCAGCACGGUAGAAUUAAAAGGCUAUAGUUCUAUGUUCUAUGUUUGAGCUGCUUUUGAAAAGCGAAAGUCGAAUUGAAAACGUUAUUAGCAUUGUUGAAUUCG